CAUCACAGGUCACUUCCUUAAAUCUUUGGCGGGAGAGGCAAGCAACUAGAAAGUUCGGCUUGUUUUGCAAUCUUGGUUCAUAAACAAAAGUUAUAAAAGAGCCAGGAAACAAACAAUAAAUCUUAUGAGAAUGGAUAACGAUGUCCUUGUACAGACAAAGGAUUGGAAGAACACUAAGGAGGCCGUUGCAAACUUUCGACGACUGCUACUUUGCUCAAAAUGCUCAAAUUUAAUGAGGGAACCUGUGUGUCUAGGAAUGUGUGAGCAUAUGCUGUGCAGGUCCUGUGCUGGCUCCCGGGUAGGAGAUGGCUGCGUGGUGUGUCACAGCCCCGCAUGGGUGAAAGACAUUCAAAUCAACAGGCAGCUCAGCAGCAUCACACAGCUCUUUUGUGCUUUGGAGUCCCUGCUGAAUCCCAUAGAACAGCCAGACUCCCCUCUAGCUGAGAUUAGAACACAAACUGAGAGCCCUGUACUUAAGCACAAGAAGAAUUUCAAGAUCUGGUUCAGCCCUCGCAGCCGUAAGGUACGCUGCACAGUGGAGAAGCCUUCAGAGGUCACUGUACCGGACAGCAGAUCUCCUGGAGAAACAACCGCAGAACAGCCAGGUACCAUAACCGCUCAAUGCAAGGACCUGUCAGUUUUCAAUUUCAUGUCAUCCUCCCAAGACUCCAGCUCUGACUCUUGUGCUCAAAAAUGCCACACCGACAACAAGAACAGGAAGAACAAGUCAACCAAGAAGAAUGCUGUCAACAGGAAGGCGUCAGUACAAGGGGCCAAGAGGACCACACAAAAACAGACCAAGCAGCAGAAGAAGAAGAUGCUGGAGACCAUAAACCAGCAAUGGGGGAUUACUGAGGGGGUAGAUGCCUUAACGGAGAAGGAGCAGCCCUGUGCUGAAGGGGCAAGGAGGUCUAGUAAAAGGGUUUCCUUCCUAAGCCCUGCAGUCACAUCUGACGAGCCUCAGCCUGAAGUGUCACAGGGGAGUACUAAUGAACUCCCCCUCAGCCCUGGCAGGAGCACCAUGAGGGAGAGUCUCUCAGAAGGCAGCAUCAUUGUACUCAAUAACCAAGCCCAGCUCUGUCAGAACACGUCAAACAGCGUCAUCCAGCACGACACGCCGUCUGCAAAUGACCCCAUCACGACUGCUGAUCCUGAAAAACAGGACAAAGUAUCUCCCCCGAAUCACUCUUCAAAAAGAUCCAGAGCAGAGGAGAAGGUCAUCACCUUGGAGACUACGCCAAAAAGGCCCAGGGCCUCCCCGGGCCAGAGGAGAAAAUCGUCGGGUCAGAUGUCUCCAGCUGUCCUUUACCCUCCAUCUUUGACUAGCCCUAGGUGUGAAAAGAGAGCCACAAACCCCAGAGAAGAGAUGGGAGAGAGCCCCCGCUCUGUCGCAGGUAGAAAAUCUCCCUCUACUCACACGUCUGUUGGCCGGCCCACAACAGGGAGCCCUGCAGUUAUGAAGAGGAACCACAAGGGAGAGACCCCACUGCAUCUAGCUGCUAUAAAGGGAGAUGUAGAGGCUGUCAAGGAAUUACUGGACCAGGGGGCUGACCCCAACCUGAAGGAUAACGCUGGCUGGACACCCCUGCAUGAGGCGUGUAACCUGGGUCACCUGGCGGUUUCGGAGGUGUUGGUCUCAAGGGGAGCCUUAUUGAAUACACCUGGCUAUGAGAAUGACUCUCCGCUUCAUGACGCUGUGAGGAACAGACACCCAGCCAUUGUCAAAAUGCUGCUGCAGCUCGGAGCUUCACAGAAUGUGCUUAAUCUGCAUGGUAAGCGGCCUGCAGAUUACGCAGUGAGUCUGGAGAUGCUGGAGAUUUUCCAGGAGGCCUCAGAAGGAACCCAAAAUGUUAAUACAUCUUUUAGCCCCUCAGCCAGUCUCUCUGUGGUGAGUGACUGUCUGAGGAGGGAUGAAAGUAUGGUGUUUCUGAGCAGCAAGCUGUCACAGACAGAACAGCAUCAACUGACCAAACUGGGGCAACUACUGGGAGGGAGGAUGGCUGACACCUUUUCUGGCUCAGUAAGCCAUGUCGUGGUGCCAGAAGGACCUAUGCCGACCACCUACUCUGCCCUUCUGGGUCUCCUUGCUGGUUGCUGGGUUGUGAAAUACAGCUGGGUGGAGGCAUGUCUGCAGGCAGGCAAGUGGAUGCCCGAAACUGAACACGAAGCAGGAGAAGGCCCCCAGCGUAGCCGCAUCAACAGAUGUAGCUUGCUCCCACCGCUCUUCGACGGCUGUUUCUUCUUCCUCCUGGGCUCCUUUAAGAUGCCUACCAAAGAUGAGCUCACCAAGCUGCUCCGGGAGGGAGGAGGUAAACUCCUGAGCCGGCAGCCCAAGCCAGACAGCGAUGUGACUCAAACCCUGAGUGCUGCUGCCUACCACGCCCUGCCAGGCUCCGACCAGGCCCUCUGCACCCAGUACAUCAUCUUUGACCCCCAGGGCCCUCACAAGCCGGCAGUGGUUAGGCGUGGCAAGGUGUGGUCAGCUCCCUCCACCUGGCUCAUAGACUGCAUUGCAGCCUUCUGCCUCCUCCCUGUGCCAGACCCUCAAACAUUGGUCUAAACCAUUUUUACAUAUUCACUAAUAAUUCUGCACUGAGGUAUCACUUAUCCUUGAGCAUAAUUUGUUUGUUGUUUUUUUUUUAAUGUGGUGAUUAAGUUGAUGUGAGACUGUUUAUACAAAUCACAAACAAUAAUAAAAUAAUGUAGCUCAAACUAA